ACGGCUGCCGUCGUCGAUCGAUACACCCGCGAAGAUGCGUGCGCUUCGUCCCACGAGUCUUGUCCUGCUCGCGCUCCUCCGACGGCUUCUCGCCGACGACCACGCCAGCAACUGGUGUGCGGGGUUUGACGAGGUCGUCUUGACUUUCGACGGUCCGUCGCCCGAGUCCCGCGUCGGGGGGAGCCGGCUAUCGCCCAACAUGACCUUUAACAGCAGCGUCCUCGAAGAUGCGUAUGCCUUCUACCAAGUGUGUAUCGCCCGCCAUACACACGAGCACGCGAUCGAGGUCGACGUCGUCGCCGUCACGGGCGACACGACGCUUUUCCUAUCGGCCGAGAACCCGCUACCGCAGCGCGGCCACUCGUCGUGGAUUGCACAACAGCGAGGCAACGACCACGUAUCGCUGCCAACGUACUUGCCUGAAUUUCCCCGUGACGGCCCCCGCAUGGCCCUCUAUAUUGGCGUCCUGGGGGCCGCCCCCGGGGUGUCCAACUUUACGCUGACCGUGGCGAUCAAAGACUUGCCCGAGAACGCCGACGUUCGAUCGCGGCAAGAGUACUACGACAAAUCGCGCCGGGUGCUGCUCGAAACACGACGUCUCCGCCGUCGCGGCGCCUAGCAGUUUGCAUUCCGUAAAAAUGUACGUUGCGCUAUUUCUCUGA